AUGACAGAACACAUUCAAGCAAUCUUCAUACGAGAAUCCGAAACCCGCUCUCAACCCAAACCCCACACGGUCUACAAGAUCGAAGUACACGCCGCUGUGCGGAACUGGAUCGUAUGGAAGCGUUACUCCGAGUUUGCAAAGCUAAACAGCCGAUUCCUGACCAUAUUCCCAAAAAACCGGCCUCCUGUUCCUCUGCCUUCCAAACACAUCUUUCCGUCGACCUUUUCUGACCCUGACCGGAUUGAAGAUCGCCGUCGAGGAUUAGAAGAUUACCUUCGGGGCAUGCUCAGCAGCCGAGAUGAUCGCUGGCGCCAGACGGAGCUCUGGAAGGAGUUUCUGGCCAUCCCGACCGGGCGUCAACUGGAUGGCCAGGCCCACUACACUUCGGAAUCCUGGUUAGAUGAAUACAAUGCGAUGAACAGCACGGCUCGGGAGAUUAGAUCUCUUAUCAACAAACGUGCGACCCAUAUGGGCAGAGACGAGAUCUCGGCCUCGCACAACUGCACCAUGCAGGCCAAAAAACUGCUCAUCACCCUGUCGUCGCGCACGUCUGCUCUCGAGAGCGGCCUGACUGGCCUGGCAAACGGCUCGUUCUUCCAGGGGCUCAUGUCAGACGGAGAGUUGCGCCGGCGCCAGGAUAUGCUGAGUACCCUCAAAGACGAGCGCGACACCCUGAUGAGAUUAGUGAACACCGGAAGACAGGAACAGGAGUUGCUCUACAACAAACCUACCUCGCAGAGUCCCACAGCUGCAUUACAGCAACAAAAACAGCAACAACAACAACGUGCAAAGGAGACCGAAUGGACGCGUGGACUGGAUAACGGCGGUCUGUUGACACAGCAGCAGCAGCUGAUGGAGGACCAGGACCAGCAGGUAGAACAGUUUAGCUCUAUCCUUUCCAGACAGCGGCAGUUGGGUAUUGCGAUUGGAGACGAGUUGGAGACACAGAGCCAGAUACUUGAUGAGCUAGAUGGAGAUGUGGGUCGAACACAGACCAAACUUAAAUUUGCAUCCAAGAAGUUGGGAAAGAUUAAAUAA